GCCGCGCUCCGCGUCGCUGAGGCGCCAGCUUGGCUUUCUCGGUCCCGCAUGGAGGACCAUGGAGGACCCCGAGGAUCCCCGAAGGAUCCGGAGCAGCCGGCGCGGGACUCGGCCCUGCCGGCCCUCGCCGGGCGGUAGCGUUUAUUCGUUGCAGUCAACUUGCUUUGCGUGUGUGUAGGGAGGAGGUAUUAAACUUUGCCAGGGAAAAGCUGGAAAUCUCAGAUUGAUUGAAAAAUAAACCUAACAAAGCCAGGUUGGGUUUCCUACCUUGUUGCUCGAGACAUUUUUGUGAGGUUUUCAAGUCUGUGCGAGCUGUACCCCCGCAAAUACUCCAAGGCCCCCCAGCGGGCUGCCUACAGCCCAGAUAGCCCUGACCCUGCGCAGGCACAACAAAUGGUCCUCUUGAAGACAGAACAUCAACAGCCUGCAGUACAGCUUGAAGACGGACUUGUCGGAACUUUCCGUUUAGAUCGCCUCCAGGAGACUGGAGUGCAGAGGGGUUACGGUCGUGGGUUUUGUUUUUCACUUUUGAGGUUUCGCUCUCCGGAUUUUAGGUCACGUUGCGGAUGGUGGCGGAAGUGUAGAAGGGCUUACAGGAGUAGGUGGGACUGCCAAAUUUGUGUUAGAAAUAGGUCCUUGGAAGUGCUGCCAAAGACGUUUAUAUCCUGUCUGCGGCCAUUCCCCAGAGCUGCAGGCUCAUGUCUGACAUCGGAGUAAUUAGAAAAAUAGUAAUACUUACUAUUAGCAAAAAAAAUAAAAUAGAUAAUAAUAAUAAUUGAAAACUCCCGACGCAGGAAUUCUCCUAGUAUCUGCUGCCUGGGGAACUCGAGCCUCAUUUGGCUGCAGGGAACCUUGGUUUUCCUCGGAAAGAUUAGUAGUUAAAAAAAUUAAAAUUCAAGUAGGCUACUCAAACCACCUCAGAAUCAGAAUACCUUCAUUCUUGCAUGGUCAAAUUUAGUAGCUGUCAUUUCAGGAGUCCUGGAGCAGCAGAGGACAACCAAUAGUUUAAGAAUGCGAAAUAAGUUGUGAUUUUUCAGAAGGGUGAAAGAACGAUUGAGUUAGAUUUUUAUCCAUAAAGAGCAGCUUGUGAACACUUGGGUUGUAGCUUUGUCUCGGGGAGCCGAAGCGGGCACUCUCUAGAGCUGCAGUUCAGUGCCUAACAAAGCCAGCUUGAGGGUUUUUGUCCUCCAACUGGAUCAUACACAUUUCCUUGUAAAAAUCCAUGAUAAAGUGACACUGAAAAUAUUGGUGUUUGUAUUUUAAACAAAUGGAUCUUAAAUUUUCCGUGCUAGUAUCUCUUCAUCUGCAAGUUCAUUCUUGGACACGUGUUGAAGAUGUGCUGUCCGGCCUGGGAGAGGAAGCCGUUCGCUUGCUUUACUUGCUAGAGGAGCAGGUGGCUGCACCAAGGGAGACCUGGGGAGGCUGGAGAUGGGCGCAGGGAAAAGGACGCUCACAGAUAGGGUCUCCUGCUGUCUUUCUCAACAGCUGAAGACCUGGGACAGGAGCCUCAGGCAUUUCCAGACUAAUCAUUGUUUUAGAUAAGUUUACUUUUGGGGGCAUGGCUGGUAAAGCAGCUGCCCGUGUGAGAGUGCCGAUUUAGGUCCCUGCUGCUCCAGCUCCCCGCUAAGGCAGCUGCGAGUGCGUGGUCUAGGCCCAUGGGGGAGACCCAGGAGAAGCUCCUGGCUUUAGCCUGGCUUGGCCCUGGCCUCGGGGAGGGAGCUGGCCGAUGAAAACUUUCUCACUCUCCUUCUUUGUAACUCUUUCAAAUAAUUUGUAAAAAAAAAAAAAAAAAUAGAUUUUAAUACUUGUCACAUUCAGCUCAAAUGUAGGCAUCAUGCAGUUGUCCUGGAUUUUUUUUAAUUUAUUUUUUUAUUGGAAAGGCAGAUAUUCUGUUUUACCUUUUAAUAUAUGUGUGAGGAAGAAUUUUAAUUUAAAUAAGGUGUUCCAGAAGCUAAAAGAUGGGCCACCUUCUAGUGUCAGUGCUACUACAUGAUAUUUUACCUGUGACUCUCUUUUCCAGGUCAUUUGCAUACCUUACUAUUAAAGACAGAAUACCACAGAUCUUAACUAAGGUGAUUGACACAUUGCAUCGACAUAAAAGUGAAUUUUUUGAGAAACAUGGAGAGGAAGGCAUGGAGGCUGAGAAGAAAGCCAUCUCUCUUCUUUCUAAGUUACGGAAUGAGUUGCAGACGGACAAACCCAUAGUCCCCUUUGUGGAGAAGUUUGCAGACACCGACGUGUGGAAUCAGUACCUGGACUAUCAGCAGAGUCUUGUGAAGGAGGGGAACGGGAGGCCGAGCUGGUUCCACUCGCCGUGGCUGUUCGUGGAGUGCUACAUGUACCGCAGAAUCCACGAAGCGAUCAUCCAGAGCCCACCAAUUGAUGACUUUGAUGUAUUUAAAGAAUCCAAAGACCAGAAUUUCUUUGAAUCGCAGCAGUCUAUCAUUGCUUUGUGCACUCACCUGCAGCAGCUGAUAAGAACUGUCGAUGAUCUAGAGGAGAAUCAGCUGAAGAAUGAGCUUGCUAAACUCCUGCAGAUUUCACUGUGGGGUAAUAGGUGUGAUCUCUCUAUAUCAGGCGGAGAGAGUAGUUCUCAGAAGAGCGAUUUGUUAAAUUCUUUGGAAGACCUGAAACCUUUCAUUUUAGUGAAUGACUUGGAUCAGCUUUGGUCAUUGCUAAGCAAAUACAGGAAAGCAGGCGGAGACCCCUCUGUGCUUAGAGUGGACAUUGUUCUGGACAAUUCUGGGUUUGAGCUUGUCACCGAUUUAGUAUUAGCCGACUUCCUCUUGUCCUCUAAACUGGCCACUGAGAUUCACUUUCAUGGAAAAGCCAUUCCGUGGUUUGUUUCAGAUACUACUAUACAUGAUUUCAAUUGGUUAAUUGAGCAGAUGAAGUCUUGUAACCAUAGAUGGAUGUCCAAGUGUGGGGCCGACUGGCAAAAGUACAUUAACACAGGCAGAUGGGCUUACCAUGACCACAUGUUCUGGACUCUGCCACACGAAUACUGUGCAAUGCCCCAGGUCGCUCCUGACUUAUAUGCCGAACUACAGAAGGCCCAUUUGAUUUUAUUCAAGGGUGAUUUGAAUUACCGGAAGUUGACAGGCGACAGAAAAUGGGAGUUUACCGUCCCAUUUCACCAGGCCCUGAGUGGCUUCCAUCCAGCGCCUCUGUGCAGCAUUCGGACAUUGAAAGCUGAGGUCCAGGUCGGCCUGCAGCCCGGGCAAGCGGAGCAGCUCACGGCGACUGAGCCCCGCUGGCUGACCAGCGGGCAGUACGGAGUGCUGCAGUUCCACGCUCUGCUUUGAUGCCUCUGGAAGCUUCCCUGUUGGCUGCUUCUUCUGCACACGCUGGUGGGUUUUGGAGGGAUGUCUUGGCCCAAACUCUGUGCUGGAGCUGGGUGGUUUAGGGAUUUUUGUGACAUUUUGGGGUAAGUGCAUAAUUUCAAGCAAGUUUAAUUAUGUUUAAAUCAGUAGAAAGAAAAGUAGAAAUGCAUCCUGCCUUUAACGUUUUUUUCUGAAAUGAUAUACUGUAUUGUGUCUGCUAGGUUAGGAUGCAUGGAAUUUUACUUGAUUUGAUUUAAAAUAAUAGCUCUGUGAAAUACACAUUUUAGUUAUUAUAAAGUGAGGCUUUCCUCACAUUGUCAUAUUUGAACACAUAAUAGUAAAACUUAUAAAUUAAUUAUCUUUGCUCCUCUUGAAUUCCAUCUCAUUUCCAUUGCCUCUUUUAUCUGCAUGGAUUUAUUGAUUGACCCGUAGAACAUAUAUUAAGAAAUCACAAAAUUGACCUGUGAAGAUGGAUGGUGUUUGAAGAAGUGUAACGUAUUUUAUACUCUAUUUAUGAUAUCUGUAAGCAAUUCAGAUUACCUCACAAGUGUUGUAAAGGACUGGAUUGUUAGUUUGCUGUUAGAAAAGUGUUUUAGGAAAGGUUCUAAUGCAUUGAAUUUGGAGUAUUAACAACAAUGAGUGAAUUCAUUUUUUAUAUUAUAUAUUUUACUAUUACUUACCACUACAGAUAUUAAUAAGUAACAAUUUUCAUUCAGUUUGUUUUGAAACUGAAGUUGGAAAAUUACCUGGAAAUGUUUUCUUGCACUGGAAUAAUAAAAUGAAUUGUACUGAAA